AUGGCAAACCGUGCAACGGAAGCUCGUCGUCGCCUCGCGCCGCUCGAUCAACCCACCCCAUGGCCCACGCUGCGAGACUGGAUUCGCCAGCGCAAGAUGACAUCCAGAACGACCUGGAUCGACAUCCUGAGAGAGGCGGGCGUGUGCUACUGGCCGUGGCAUCUGCAGUACCUCCGGCCAAACAGCACCAAGACACCUUCUAUUGUUCCAUGCACGUCGAGCUUCGAGCUCUACAAGGGUUUGGACACGCUGUACAAGCUGUCUCUGCAAGGUCCUCUGCCAGAUGUGCCGCACGUCAUCGAUGACUCAGUUGCCCGCCAGCUGUUGCUUCGGAUCGAGCCCAUCCUCGAGGAUUACGCGCAAAUCGUGGAGAGCCUGCUCACUGAUCAUCACGGCGGCUGGAAUUUCUUAGUGACCGGAUCCGACGAGGAGCUGGUCGACCUCAACGCCCAGCUCGCGAAAGUUGCGUCGGAGGUCUCCACCGAGACUUGCACGGCUGUUCAAGCCGUCGCUUACCUCAUGCCCACCAAGUUCGAGUUCACUCUAUUGAGACUCGCUCUCAACAUGGGCGAUGACACGCCUGCCACUGUGAUGGCGAGUGGUGGAUUGGGCAUCCGGUCUGGCAACGGCCUUGGCACCUUGGGUGUGAUUGCGGAAGGUCUCGGUAUCACCGCCGCACAUGUCAUUGAGCGACCCCCGCCGGACCUUCCGCACCGAGCGUACGCGACCCAACUGUGGCGGAAUGCCCCUCCUCAAACCCGCCGCCUUUGGAAAGAGCUGUCCGGCUUCUACCACGACCCCGCCACGCCCGUGUGUUUUGGUCAUUGCGUUUAUCUCGAUCACCUGCGCGACAUUGCAAUCGUCGUCAUGUCGGACCGCCGCCCCAUUGCUACCAAUGCCGUUUGUGGGCUUGACAGACUUCUGUGGCCCAAUCCCUCCAACCUUGUCAAGCUCAGGGAGGACCUGGCCCUGACCCAAAGCGGUGCGGCACCUCCGUUUUCGCUUGUCAAGUUCGGCAUUCGAACCGGCCGCACGCGCGGAACGCUCAGCUGUGUGACCGACGAGCUUUUGGCUGUCGAAGAGGAGGCGAACGGUGCAGUGGCUGAUUGCGGCGACUCUGGUAGCUGCUGGACGAUCGAACGGCCUUUGCGCUGGCGCGGAGCCGUGAUUGGCUUCACGUCGCAACGCUGCCAAUCGGACCCUCGGUGUUUCCUGGCUCCCCAGCUACCGCGUCAGUUUUGCUUGCUGACUCCUGUGUGGCAUGUGUUGGAAGUCCUCGAGAACUAUCGCUCUACUUUUUAG